AUGAGCUCUUCUUCUUGCUCAGACAAGUGCAACUGCGGAAACAGUUGGGAAUGCAGCAAGAGAAGUCCGGACAAGAACAGCAACAGCCUCGGAAGCAUGAGCAGCUCGGGCAGCUUGGACAGCUCGGUCUCGGGCAACAACAGCCGUUUGAGCAGCAAGACCCGUCACAGCACUUGGACCCAAUGCAGCUGCAACUUGUGCAGUUGCAGCACUUGGGCUUCCUCAGAUGGCACGAACACUCGGACUGGCAGCAACAGCAGAAACUCGCCAGGCUCAAACACGGUAUACCGCUACUGCAUCGUGUUGAUAAUUUAG